GCCGCCCCGCCGCGCCGCCGCCCCCGCGGCCCCGGCCGGAGGAGACAGAUCAACCCGUCCCUCGAUGGGGAGCAACGGCGGACCCCCUUCCUGUGUCUCCUUCCCACCGCUCUGUAGCAGGACCAAUAACUUCAGCACCGCUUCGAUAACGAUGAUGGAGCUAGUAUUAACUGAAUGGCAAUUAUGGAUUUUUAACUCUAAUUCACAGUAAACCAGCAAGCCGUGUGCUUACAGUCCGACCAAACAUCCUUUCGUUUUGCUGCGCGCCUCGCCCGUUCGUGAGAAGCUGAGAGAUCUCUGUCUACACGGACGGAUAUAAGCACCGCUCGCCGGAGGAACACGACUGACGCGGAGAGAGAAGGCGCCCUCAUUUAUCCUUAACGAUCGAUACCUGAUAGUAUUCUCUAUAUAGGCGGAGGAAAUCCGUACACACGCAUAUAUCUAUGUUUCUGGUGGUAAUGAGAAUGGCCCCACAGAACGCCGACUCGGAGUCUAUGCAAGUCCAGGAGCUGCCCGUGGCCCUGCCGGACCUGCAGAAGCCGGGCAGUGCGGACGCCCAUGAGGAGACCAUCAGCGAGGGGUCCAUAGACCGGAUCCCUGUGCGCCUGUGGGUGAUGCACGGGGCCGUGAUGUUUGGCAGGGAGUUCUGUUACGCCAUGGAGACGGCGUUGGUCACACCGGUCCUCUUACAGAUUGGUCUGUCCCUCGGCGAUGUCCCCAGCCGCCAGCCCAUCGGCAUCGUCCUCACCGUGCUGGGGGUGGUCGUCCUGGACUUCAGUGCCGACGCGACCGAGGGCCCCAUCCGGGCCUACCUGCUGGACGUGGUGGACAGCGAGGAGCAGGACAUGGCCCUUAACAUCCACGCCUUCUCUGCCGGCCUCGGCGGGGCCAUCGGCUAUGUGCUGGGCGGGCUGGACUGGACCCAGACCUUCCUGGGCACCUGGUUCCGGACUCAGAACCAAGUGCUCUUCUUCUUCGCGGCCAUCAUCUUCGUGGUGUCGGUGGCCCUGCACCUGUUCAGCAUCGACGAGGAGCAGUACAGCCCCCAGCAAGAGCGGGCCGGGGAGGCGGCUGACGCGCUGCCCCCUGCCACCCGCGGGAGCGCACUGGACGGCGGCGCGGGGCUGUUCCCCGAGGAGGUGCGGUCGGAGCACGAGCUCGCGCUGGACUACCUGGGCGCGGGCAUGGUGCGGAGCAAGAGCGACUCGGUGCUGCACGUGCCCGACGCGGCGCUCGACCUGGAGCCCGAGCUGCCCUUCCUGCCCGACAUCGAGCCCUCCAUCUUCCACGACGGCUCGUACCCUGGCACCCCCCGCAGCACCAGCCAGGAGCUCGCCCGUGCCAGGCCUCCCUGCCUGGCCUCACUGCUCAGGGGAUCCGCGAAGGAGGGCGACGCGCUGCUCGAGAAUCACGCGCCCGAAGCCAAAGUCCCCAACGGCAGCGGCUCCCCGCCGACAGACGGCCCUGUGGGCUACACCAGGGUGGACGUGAGGCCCGUCGCCACCGCGUCCGGCUCCAUGAGGCGCCGCAGGCACAUGUUCCGCCGCCAGGCCUCCAGCACCUUCUCCUACUACGGCAAGAUCAGCUCCCACCGCUACCGCUACCGGCGGGCCAACGCCGUGGUCCUCAUCAAGCCGUCGCGCAGCAUGAGCGACCUGUAUGACCUGCAGAAGCGCCAGCGCUGCCGGCACCGCAACCAGAGCGGGGCCACGGCCUCCAGCGGGGACACGGAGAGCGAGGAGGGGGAGGGCGAGACCACUGUGCGGCUGCUGUGGCUGUCCAUGCUGAAGAUGCCCAGGGAGCUGGCGCGUCUGUGCCUCUGCCACCUGCUCACCUGGUUCUCCGUCAUCGCCGAGGCCGUCUUCUACACCGACUUCAUGGGUCAGGUCAUCUUCGACGGGGACCCCAAGGCUCCCUCCAACUCAACCGCCUGGCAGGCCUACAACGCGGGCAUGAAGAUGGGCUGCUGGGGCCUGGUGAUUUACGCGGCCACCGGCGCGAUCUGCUCAGCGCUGCUACAGAAGUAUCUGGACAACUACGAUCUGAGCAUCAGGGUCAUCUACGUGCUGGGGACGCUGGGCUUCUCCAUCGGCACGGCCGUGAUGGCCCUAUUCUCCAACGUCUAUGUGGCCAUGGUCAUGAUCAGCACCAUGGGUAUCGUCUCCAUGAGCAUCUCCUACUGCCCCUACGCCCUGCUCGGGCAGUACCACGACAUCAAGGAGUACGUCCACCACAGCCCCGGGAACUCCAAGCGCGGCUUCGGCAUAGACUGUGCCAUCCUGUCCUGCCAGGUGUACAUCUCCCAGAUCCUGGUGGCGUCUGCCCUCGGGGGCGUGGUCGAUGCCGUGGGGACCGUGCGCGUCAUCCCCAUGGUGGCCUCCGUGGGCUCUUUCCUGGGCUUCCUGACGGCCACGUUCCUCGUGAUCUACCCGGAGGUGUCGGAAGAGGCCAAGGAGGAGCAGGAGGGCCUGUCUAAUCGGCCACCGGGUGACGGCGGGGACGGCAGCCAGAAGCCCACCGUCUUGACCCUGUCCCGGAAGGAGGAGGGCCUGCAGGGGCUGGUGGAGACGGAGUCGAUGGUCUGAGCCUUGCCCCUGUGCGCACACAUUCCUGGGGUGGGGUGGGUUGGGGAUGGCGGGCGGGUUGGUCACUGUGGCUCUGGUGACGGCACAAAGCAGAGUUCCUUCACUACACGGGUGGGGGUGCGGUAGCUCUAGGGUAGGCCUGGGCCUCUGGGCAGAAACACCACACUGAUUACUUUUUCCACGAUUAAAAAAAUCAUUUGAAAUUUUUUUUUUUUUAAUUGAAAAGGAGCUUCUGAUUUCAACUGCUUAAUUUCGCAGGUAUAUUAUUCUGCAUGUUUUUAAAUCGUAAGGCAGAUUUACACUAGACACAAGCAAUCCAGAGAAAAAUAAGAUUUUCAUUUCCAAGGUCAUAAUUGAAAACCACAAGUCCGUGCUGUGGCUCGCCGCCUGCGGUCUGCGGAUUAAAGAGAGCAGCCGUGUGGCCAGUCCCUGGCCCUCUCUGCGCCCUCUGGGGGGCCUGCAGGUGUCAGAUCUCACGUUCUGUUGGUGCUGCCAUUAUUGGAGAGUAUUUUUAUCAUUAUUUUAGAAAAAAAAAAUUUUUUUUUCUCUCAACACUGGUUUUCUUAAGGAAACCAUGUUUUCUUUUCCUCAGAGAUUCUGAUGGCACCGGGGGCAGGCCCGCCUCUGGGCAGUGGGAAGUGGCAGCCGCACCCCCAUCCUGAACCUGUGCUGCCGGGAGGGCCCCAGGGCACCUGGGGGGCGGGACAGGGUCCACUGGGGGUGGCCUGCGGGGACGGCGGGCUGGGACGGGCACCUGCAGCCAGCAGCAUCCCAGGGAGCAGACAGGCCCCCUGCAGGUGCACGCCCAUGUCUGCGCCUGGACCCCCGACCUCGUCAUCUUUGUCCGGAGCUCCCCAGAGAGAUGGACUCUUUCGUUGCACUUUGACUCGUGUUUAAACCAUUUGUUGGGGAAAUCAUGAGGGCAGAGCUCCAGGUGCGGCCUCGGCCCCUGGGACCUGCCACCAGGCCUACCUCGGGUGCGUGGGACGCGGCCCCGGCCUCUUCUGACCUCUUCUGACCUCUCGGGCCUGCUGGGCCCACGCCGGAGUCGGGGCAGUGGCGAAGUGAUGUGAGUGCCUGGGACCUGAGGAUGGUCCCCUCCCCCGCAGGACCUGGUGCGGUCUCCGCUCUGAGCAUCUCAGCCAAACGCAGACUUGGGGGAAGGCACGCGGUCGAUAGACGCCGCAGCUGCUGGGGAAUGCUUUCCAGACCAUUCUCUCACGACUGAGCAGUGUCUGCUUUUCUCACUUGGAACGAUCGGUCUGAGCUUCCUGAUGUCACCUGGACACAGACGAUGGUCACACUUCGCUGCCUCAAGUUUUUUUUUUUUUU